AUGACCGACCCGCUCGCCGCCGCGCGCGCCGCCUUCGACGACGACGACUACGAUGAGUCCCUGCAAAUUCUUGACGACGCCCUGAAAGCCGUCGACGCGCGCUCGGAGAUCGCGCUCGUCGUCAAACUGCUCGGUCAGCGCUCGAGAACAUUCAUCGCGUGCGGUUUGUACGACGAAGCGCUCGAGGACGCGCGCAGGGCGCUGUCGUUGGACGACGAAGACGUCGAGGCGCUGUUACGACUCGGGAUCGCGUGUAAAAAGCUAGGACGACACGCAGAGGCGAUUGAGGCGCUGGAGCGGGCGACGGCGCGCGCGCACUCGGGAACGGCGAUGCGGGCGGAGUGCGCAGAGUGGUUGAAACGGGCGAGAUUAGCGCGGGAGAACGCGGGAACGGACGAUGGUGGGCGAAUGUUGGAUGCGUCACCAUCGACGACGGCGACGGAGCGGUACAGGCGGACGUGGUAUCAGUCUGAGACGCACGUGACUCUGGAGGUGUUUGCGAAAGGCGUCUCACCGGACGCGGUGACGGUGGAUUUGAACGACGCGGGAGAUGCGCUUAAGCUUACCAUCGACGCGCUGAGCGACGAAGACGGUUGCGCGAGGACAUACGAUCCGUACGUGCUCGAGAUCGAUCUCUUCGCGUGCGUUUGCGCCGAUGGAGGUGCGGUCAACGUGUCGCCCACAAAGAUUGAGAUUCGCAUGCGCAAGCGCUCGCCGGGACAGUGGCGCGAUAUCGAGCGUCGUCCGAGCGGGGGGCUGUCGCAAUCGAUCACCGCGCAUCACGUCUCGAUCGCACAUAACCCAACGGUUUUAAGCUCGGAUAAGCGAACGGCGAAGGAUUGGGACGCCCUAGAGCGCGCGCUGGACGAAGAGUUGAAGGACGAGCCUGACGGCGACGCCGCACUGAACGACCUAUUCCAAAAAAUCUACGCCAAUGCCGACGAUGAUGCGCGACGCGCGAUGAACAAAUCUUUUACUGAGAGUAACGGCACCGUGCUCAGCACCGAUUGGACCGACGUUGGUGCGCGAGACGUUGUGCCUGAUCCUUAG